AUGACGGACCCGAGAUCGUCGUCAGCUCUGUUCAAGAGAGCCGAGCAGUUGAAAAGAUGGGAGGAAUCCGAUACCAACAAACAAUCAUCAUUACCGAAAAGGGAAUCAAGAAUUCAAUUUUCACCGGGGAUUGUGUUUUUAGCGGCUUGCACUUCGGGGGACAAGGAAGAAGUUCAAAGAUUAUUGAAAAUGGGUGCAGAUAUAAACACCGCGAACGUGGAUGGCCUCACGGCGCUACAUCAGGCGUGUAUCGAUGAUAAUCUGGAGAUGGUUGAGUUUCUAGUGGAGCACGGGGCGGAUGUCAAUAGGGGCGACAACGAGGGCUGGACACCGCUGCAUGCGACGGCUUCCUGCGGCUUUUUGAGUAUAGCCAGAUAUCUUUUGGAGAACGGUGCGGACGUUGCAGCUGUAAACUAUGACGGCGAGCUGUCUGUUGAUAUCGCUGAGAGCGAUAAGAUGGAGGAACUGCUGCAGAAAGUUAUUGAUGAUAAAGGAAUAGACUGCGAGAAGUCACGUAAUGCAGAGGUGAACAAAUUACUAAGCGAUGCCAAGAACUGGGCAGCUCAUGGUUAUGUUGAAGUGAGGGACCCCAAGACCGGCGGGACACCUCUACAUGUUGCUGCCGCUAAGGGUUACAUUGACGUGGCUCAAACCUUACUUGAUGAAUGCAACGUUGAUCCGGACUGCGUGGACUACGAGGGCUGGAGUCCGCUUCAUGCGGCAGCACUGUGGGGCCAGAAAGAGGCAGCGGCUAUGCUGAUUAAGUAUGGAGCUGAUCCCAACUUAAAGAACUACUCGGGUCAGACAUGUUUGGACCUCGUAGACCCGAGUAUAUCGACGUGGCUGGCUGAGGCUGCUCUGAAGGCUCCACGUCGUAUUAACAACAAUAACAACAACAUCAAUAAACUGAAGAGUCCUCUACGAAACGACGUCAAGAGAGUCGAGCUGCAGAUAACUGGACAAGAUGACAAUAUUAUUAAUGACAAGCCACCGGCGCCUGAAAUAGUACCCAAGGCGGACUGCAAACCGCCAAAACGUAGAGCACCAUCUCCAGAGGCAGAAUUUGCUGAGAACGAAGAGACAGAGGACGCUCCUUCCUGGAGGAGAUCAGCCUCCUUCAGGAACAGACAGCAAGAAAAUACACGUGAAAAUAAGCCAUCUAACAAUAAUUUGGACAAUGAUACGAUUCUGAGAAGAACUCACAGCUUUGAAAACGAUAAGACAAAUAGACGAGACUGCUUUUUGAAACUAAUUAGUCAUUUCGACAAAAUCCGACGGCCACCAAGCGAUAAUAUUGUUUUUGAUGAUUUCUAUCAACGCUACCGUGACGUGACGGCUCGUAUAAAGGCGUCCUCGUGUCCCUCUAUACCGCCGACGACUAUCGAGAUCGGUCGCACUAACAAUGUAGCGACUAACGAGGACGCUCACAACAGAGUGAGUGCAACUGACAGGCGAGAGAAAGAAACACCAAACACGAGUGCCGCCACUUCUACUACCACAACACAAACAUCAGUUAGGAGAAUAAGUCCAACAGAGAGGCGAGACAGGGAUAUUCCUACAACAACAAGUGCUAAUGCUAGUCCAACUAACACACAGUCUACAGUCAGAAGAAUAAGUCCUACGGAAAGAAGCGGAAACGCGAGUCCAACAAACACCACGCAGACUACAGUUAGAAGCUCUUCGGAGAGCGUAGAGUCGAACAGUAGCAAUUCAACACCAAGUACGGCGACGCCCACAAAGCUGUCGCCUGGGAACAUAUUCAAGAAUUUCUUCAAGUCGUUCGUGCCGCCUGUAAGGGAUGAAGAGAGCGAGACUCAGAGGAAAGCUCACGCCAAGCGAGUCCGUGAGACGAGACGGUCCACUCAGGGUGUGACGUUGGAUGAGAUCAAAUCAGCUGAACAACUUGUUAAGAAGAAAGCUGGUAAUGGAACUGACGCUGCCCCCGCCACCAAGAACAACGACGACAGUCACAACAACACUGACCAGGGUCGAGGCAAGGUGGGCUUGUCGCUGGCGUUGGCGUGCGCUACCGCAACCGCCACGGCAACCAUCGCGCCGAACAGCGAGCGACGCCCCUCGUGGCGGCUGCGGGUCGACCCUACCAACAAGUUCGAGCUUGAGGACGCAGGGCGAGCAUCACCUCGUACAACGGCACCAGCUGCGGAGGCAACUGUCACUAUACCGUUACGUCGCUCUAUCACUACCAGCCCUACGAACGUGACCACAAACGCCACCACCAUCCCCACCACCGCUGCCAACGCUGCCACAAUCACUAACCCCACCACCACAACAAGCAUCAUCAAUGACGGAGUUAACAAGGAUGAUCUCCGGACUGAAGAGGACAAGGAGCGUGAAAGCAGUUUGGAGAGCAAGUCGUCUUCGUCCCCGGCGAGCACUCAAGCGGCCUUGAACGUUAUACAACGUAGGAGACGACCGAAGAGACGCUCCACCGGGGUCGGCCACGUUGACAUGGACGACAUAGUUAACGAUCGCGGAGGGGGCGGGGAGGGCGAUGGAGACACGGACAAUGUACAGUCUGGUAGCGAGCGCACAGAAGACGGUGAGGAAACUGACUACAAGGUGUUGUAUGAAGCGUCCCAGGUCGAGGUCCGCCGUCUGAGAGGACUUCUCUCCACGUCCGAGCAACAAUUGAGAGACGCUCGUGCUACUAUUACCAAGCUCACUCAAGUGAACCAAAAUUCUUUGUCCGAGAUCGAGAAGCGAGAAAAGAGAGCGAUGGAGAGGAAACUGUCUGAGAUGGAGGAGGAGCUGAGGCAAUUGCAAAAACUUAAAGCCGAGAACGAAAGGUUGAGGGCCGAAAACCGUGCCCUUACCCGGGUCGUCAGCAAAUUGACCAACUCAGCCGCCAAAUAG